AUUCGAGGUCGCGUAAAUUGUCUGCGGGUCCUUGGUCUGAUCCCUCCCCCUGACUCUCUCUCUUUCUCUCUCCUCUCCAUAACCUGAUUUCCGUUCUCAAUUCUUAUUACUCUCUCUCUCUCGCGCUCGCUCGCUCUGCUUCGUCUUCUUCGCCAAGCUAGGGUUUCCAAUUCAAUGGACUCACCCCUACCGUAAACAGCCCCAGCCCAAACCACUGGCCUAGGCCCCUUCAAUGUCUCUCGAUUACACUCAUCCACGCCUCGAUCGCCCCUCCUCGAAGCGCAAGCUGGACGACUAUGGCCCCACCGACGACGAAUCCGACCUAGUCUCCGUCAGGAUGAGAAAAGACAACGACCCCAUCCCUGCCGUCAAUUCCCUCCCAACCAAUCCCAUCCCUCCACCUCACCACCCCAACCACCAGCAGCACCACCAACAACAAUCUUCUUCCCAGUGGGCCCCGUCCUCUUCUUCUUCUUCUUCACUAAGUCGUUUACACCAGAUUAAUCCUCCCCCCAAGCAGCUUCAAUUCUUCGUCAGAACGAUGCCGUCCUCGUCCGGACGCAGCAAAACCCUAGUCCUCAAAGCAAACUCCUUCGACACGAUCGAGUCGGUCCACGAGAUGAUCCGCGAGAUCACGAAGAUACCCGUGGACGAACAACGGCUGAUCUACGAGGGGAAACAGCUGCAGACGGAGCAGACCCUGGCCGAGUGCUCGGUCCGGAACGACGCCGGGCUGGUUUUGGUGGGCCGGAUGCGGAGCACGCUUUACCCCAAGGCCUGGCGGUUGGUCGACGAGCUGAUUAAGCUGAUUCUCCGCCUUUGCAAGGGCGAAGAAAAAGACUGCUACACGGUGUCGACCAAGGUGUUGUCCAAUAAGGUAAAAGAGUUUUUAAGCGAGAUCACUAGUGAUAAUAAUAGUAAGUUGAUUGCGGAGGUCCCCACCGCGGGGCACCUUCAGGUGUUUUCGACGUCGUGUGCCCCUGCUGCUUUAGUCAUGCUAUAUAUGUCGCCGUAUAAAGGUAACAAGGAACGCGGCGACGAAUCGAUUAGGAGGUUUGUUAGUUGGGGCUUGAACACGCUGCCUAAGUGUUUGCGAUUCCUCUGCGUGCCCAUCAUUUUAGAGUUUUGUAAGUUGAUGAAUAGAGGUGGUAGUAGUUGUCGCGACCCUUUGUAUUGCUUCUGUAGAAGUAGUCUCGCGUCGAUGAUGGAUUGCGUUCGCAUUAUGAAUGGGUCGAAGCAUAAUGUUUGUGGUGACAGUAGUAAGGCGUUGAUUUCUUUUCAAGACGUUCACCUGUUUGUUAUAGAUCUUAUGGCUAGGUUGUGUACCGAUUUGGAGACUAGCGUGACGUCGCCUGCGAGCCCGGGGCCAUCUUCGAGCGAUGUUAGUGACUUGACGGCUUUCUUGGUCCCCCUGUGCACGGCAAUCGUUGAACAUCGUGGUUCGAUGGGUUCAAUCCCGUUGCCAAUGCGCGAGGGUGAUUAUAAGUUAUCUUGUUAUGCUACGGAGAUUAAGUCUCUUCAUGUUGUGUUUGAUGCCUUAGUGGGAAGUUUGGAACAAUCCCUUGAGAAAUUGGAGGAGUGCUUGGCUGUGAAGGAGAAAAGUGAAGGUGAACACCUUCCUUUAGGCUGUGCCCACUAUCUUACUAUUUUGAAGGAUAUGAAUAGUCUCUCGAGACUUUAUUGUGGAGCUCAAGACAAAUUUGGGAGGAUAUUGAAGCGCAGAAAGGUUGCGGUAUGUCAUCUUAUUAUCAAAUAUGCUACGCGGAGUAAUGAUCAGAGAUGGCUUCUCGAGCACAAGGGCGUGACAGAUUUUGAUUGUAGGAGGCAUUUUGCAAUGAUGAUGCUCCCUGAAGCGAAGGAGGACUAUGAGGAGAUUCAUGAGAUGCUUAUUGACAGGUCACAAAUUUUGGCAGAAUCAUUUGAGUACUUUUUAAACGCAGGUCCUGAGACGUUGCGUGCGGGGUUGUUUAUGGAAUUCAAAAAUGAGGAAGCUACAGGGCCCGGUGUGUUGCGAGAGUGGUUUUGCUUGGUAUGCCAGGCAAUUUUCAAUCCCCAGAAUGCCCUUUUUUUAGCUUGCCCGAAUGAUCGUAGAAGAUUUUUUCCCAAUCCUGCUUCCAAGGUGGAUCCAUUACACCUUAAGUAUUUUAAGUUCUCUGGCAGGGUGAUUGCCUUAGCUUUGAUGCAUAAGGUGCAAGUUGGCAUCGUCUUUGAUCGUGUGUUUUUCUUGCAAUUGGCUGGAAAGAAUGUUUCUUUGGAAGAUAUUCAUGAUGCAGAUCCAUGCUUGUACAGCAGUUGCAAGAAAAUUUUGGAGAUGGAUGCUGAGAUGGUUGACUCAGAUGCUCUAGGUCUAACAUUUGUGCGAGAUGUCGAAGAGUUAGGAUCAAGGAGAAUUGUGGAACUUUGCCCAGGCGGGAAAAACAUUGUUGUGAAUAGUAGGAAUAGGGAGGCGUAUGUUGAAUAUUUGAUUGAACACCGUUUCGUCACCUCUAUCACUGAGCAGGUUGCAUGGUUUGCGCAAGGGUUCUCAGAUAUUCUUUGUGACUCGAAGCUCCAGAAGUGCUUUUUCCAAAGUUUAGAGCUUGAAGAUCUUGAUUGGAUGCUGCAUGGGAGUGAGAAUGCUAUUUCUGUUGAGGACUGGAAGGCGCACACGGAAUACAGGGGAUACAAAGAAACUGAUCCACAGAUACUCUGGUUUUGGAAGAUUGUCGGACAAAUGUCAGCAGAUCAGAGGAAGGUCCUUCUCUUUUUCUGGACUUCGGUGAAAUACCUACCAGUGGAGGGUUUUGGUGGUUUGGCUUCUCCACUGUUCAUCCACAAGGCUUCAGAGUCCUAUAAUCGCCUCCCUUCCUCUCACACAUGCUUCUAUCAGCUGUGUUUCGCACCUUAUCCAUCUAUGGCUGUUAUGGAAGAUCGUCUUCGCAUUAUAACCCAGGAACAUGUUGGCUCCAGCUUCGGUACAUGGUGAAACAUGUGUGAGGAUGUUUGCAAUUUUGGGACAAAAGGCUACUGUUUGCAGGUAAAAGAUAUUUGUCCACCCUUGCUUUUGUACAGAUCACAGCGUAGUGUUUAGCCGUUUUGUUAUUUAACUAGGUAGCAAGUUGGCAUCCCUUUUGUCGUUCUACAAUGCAAUUUGUAACUUCUUUCCCCCUUCUCCCAACUGUUUAUAAUGGUAUAAUGAUAAAUAAAGAAGGUUAGACUGAAGAUGAUUUUGUUGCUUCCA